AUGAAGAAUGACCGGAAAACGGAAGCUGAGAAAGAAGAACUGUUGGAAUUAGGCGCAAAUCCUGUCCUUUUCGUCCUCACCCUGCUCGGUAUGGCUUCAUUUACCGUCUACACAUUGUUUGCGGGUACAUCAAUUCAGCUGAGGAUUGCUGUUGCCGGUCAGGACGAUGAACUCUCUCAACAGACUUUGUUGAAUACCUCACCAUUCAAGCUGUCUCAAGUGUCGGGUUUUCUCACGGGUCUAUUGGUACUGAUUGUUGUCGGCUACUUCACAGCCGCUCUUAUAAACGUGAGUUUUCUUUCUUAUUCUUAG